AUGGUUCCACAAAAGAAAUAUUUAUUCCUAGGUGAUUAUGUCGAUCGUGGCCAUCAAUCUUUGGAAGUCGUUGUACUACUCUUUUCACUCAAGAUCCGGUAUCCAAACGAUAUCUUUCUGCUACGAGGGAACCAUGAAAGUCGUUUUCUAUCGUCUUCAUAUGGAUUUUACCAGCAAUGCAAGAGAUAUUAUAGGGAUAAGAGUAUUUGGAAUGCAAUGAUGUCUGUCUUCGACUGUCUUCCUCUUUGUGCCAUUAUUAACGAUACCGUUUUUGCAGUCCAUGCAGGCAUUAGUCCUUUCCUUCAUUCCAUUUCGGAUAUUGAAGUUCUAGAUCGAUUAUACUGCGAUCUCAUGUGGUCAGAUCCAGCGCCUCUUCAAGGCUGGGUUCCUAAUUCUCGCGGUGUAAGCUAUACUUUUGGACAAGACGAAUCCGAGCAAUUUCUAUACGCCAACAACCUGAAAUUGAUCGUUCGUGGCCAUGAAUUAGCUAUGGAAGGAUUCGAGAAAGUUCACAAUGGUCGAGUGAUUACCGUUUUUUCUGCUCCGAACUACUGCUAUUAUGUAGAGAAUAAGGGAGCGUUUGUAGAUGUUGACAGUAAUUCGCAGAUUACAUUGUAA